GGCCGUUGCCGCAGUGACAGUGCUGGGGGAGUCCGAAGAUGGCGGCGUCGCGUCGCUCUCAGCAUCAUCACCACCAUCAUCAACAACAGCUCCAGCCCGCCCCAGGGGCUUCGGCGCCCCCGCCGCCGCCUCCCCCCCCACUCAGCCCUGGCCUGGCCCCGGGGACCACCCCAGCUUCCCCAACAGCGGGUGGCCUGGCCCCCUUCGCCUCCCCGCGGCACGGCCUAGCGCUGCCGGAGGGGGAUGGCAGUCGGGAUCCGCCCGACAGGCCUCGAUCCCCGGAGCCGGCUGACAGUACCAGCUGUUGCAGUACCACCAGCACUGUCUGCACAGCCGCCGCCGCCGCUCCCGGGGCCCCGGCGGUUUCCGCUUCAUCUGCCGUCGGGGUCGCUCCCAACCCAGCCGGCGGUGUCAGUAACAAUUCACCGUCGUCCUCUUCUUCCCCGACUUCUUCCUCAUCUUCCUCUCCAUCCUCCCCUGGAUCGAGCUUGGCGGAGAGCCCCGAGGCGGCAGGAGUUAGCACCACAGCAACAUUGGGGCCUGGGGCGGCGGGCCCUGGGCCAGGGGUCCCGGCUGUAAGCGGGGCCUUACGGGAACUGUUGGAGGCCUGUCGCAAUGGGGACGUGUCCCGGGUAAAGAGGCUGGUGGACGCGGCAAACGUGAAUGCUAAGGACAUGGCCGGCCGGAAGUCUUCUCCCCUGCACUUCGCUGCAGGUUUUGGAAGGAAGGAUGUCGUAGAACACUUACUACAGAUGGGUGCUAAUGUCCAUGCCCGUGAUGAUGGUGGUCUCAUCCCGCUUCAUAAUGCCUGUUCUUUUGGCCAUGCCGAGGUCGUGAGUCUGUUACUAUGUCAAGGGGCCGAUCCAAAUGCCAGGGAUAACUGGAACUAUACCCCUCUGCACGAAGCUGCUAUUAAAGGGAAAAUCGACGUAUGUAUUGUGCUGCUGCAGCACGGAGCCGAUCCCAACAUUCGGAACACGGAUGGGAAAUCAGCCCUGGACCUGGCCGACUCUUCAGCCAAAGCUGUCCUUACAGGUGAAUACAAGAAAGACGAACUCCUAGAAGCUGCUAGGAGUGGUAAUGAAGAAAAACUAAUGGCUUUACUGACUCCUCUGAAUGUGAACUGCCAUGCAAGUGAUGGGCGAAAGUCUACGCCUCUACAUCUAGCAGCGGGCUACAACAGAGUACGCAUAGUUCAGCUUCUUCUCCAGCAUGGUGCUGACGUCCAUGCAAAAGACAAAGGAAAGGGAGAUGAAACAAAUUCAUCCAGUAAUUCUGGUAUUCCAGUAAUGUGGCUGUCCUGUUCAUCUGGUGUUGGACUUGUGCCUCUUCAUAAUGCAUGUUCAUAUGGACAUUAUGAAGUCACAGAACUGCUACUAAAGCACGGGGCUUGUGUCAACGCGAUGGACCUCUGGCAGUUCACCCCGCUCCAUGAGGCCGCCUCCAAGAACCGUGUGGAAGUCUGCUCUCUGUUGCUUAGCCAUGGCGCUGACCCCACGUUAGUCAAUUGCCAUGGCAAAAGUGCUGUGGAUAUGGCUCCGACUCCUGAGCUCCGGGAGCGGUUGACUUAUGAAUUUAAAGGUCAUUCUUUACUACAAGCAGCCAGAGAAGCAGACCUAGCCAAAGUUAAAAAAACACUUGCUUUGGAAAUCAUUAAUUUCAAACAACCACAGUCUCAUGAAACUGCCCUGCACUGUGCUGUGGCCUCCCUGCAUCCCAAACGAAAACAAGUGACAGAACUGUUACUUAGAAAAGGAGCAAACGUUAAUGAAAAAAAUAAAGAGUUCAUGACUCCCCUGCAUGUCGCAGCAGAAAGAGCUCACAAUGAUGUCAUGGAAGUUCUGCAUAAGCAUGGAGCAAAGAUGAACGCGCUGGACACGCUGGGUCAGACUGCUCUGCACAGAGCUGCCCUCGCAGGCCACCUGCAGACCUGCCGCCUCCUGCUGAGUUACGGCUCCGAUCCCUCCAUCAUCUCCUUACAAGGCUUCACGGCAGCACAGAUGGGGAACGAGGCCGUGCAGCAGAUCCUGAGCGAAAGUACACCUAUACGAACUUCUGAUGUUGACUAUCGACUCUUAGAGGCAUCUAAAGCUGGAGACUUGGAAACUGUGAAGCAACUUUGCAGCCCUCAAAAUGUGAAUUGCAGAGAUUUGGAGGGUCGGCAUUCUACGCCUCUACACUUCGCAGCGGGCUACAAUCGUGUGUCUGUUGUGGAGUACCUGCUCCACCACGGGGCCGAUGUGCACGCCAAAGACAAGGGUGGCUUGGUGCCCCUUCACAACGCCUGUUCAUACGGCCACUAUGAGGUGGCUGAGCUGUUGGUAAGGCACGGGGCGUCCGUCAAUGUGGCGGACUUGUGGAAAUUCACCCCUCUGCACGAAGCAGCAGCUAAAGGAAAAUAUGAAAUCUGCAAGCUCCUUUUAAAACAUGGCGCAGACCCAACCAAAAAGAAUAGAGAUGGAAACACGCCGUUAGAUUUGGUGAAGGAGGGAGACACGGACAUCCAGGACCUGCUGCGGGGAGACGCCGCCUUGCUGGACGCGGCUAAGAAGGGCUGCCUGGCCAGGGUGCAGAAGCUCUGCACGCCCGAGAACAUCAACUGCAGGGACACCCAGGGCCGGAACUCGACCCCUCUGCACCUGGCAGCAGGCUACAAUAACCUGGAAGUGGCUGAGUACCUUCUGGAGCACGGAGCAGAUGUUAAUGCGCAAGACAAAGGUGGUUUAAUUCCUCUUCAUAAUGCAGCGUCCUAUGGGCAUGUGGACAUAGCAGCCUUGUUGAUAAAAUACAACACGUGUGUAAACGCGACAGAUAAGUGGGCGUUUACUCCUCUACAUGAAGCAGCCCAGAAAGGGAGGACGCAGUUGUGUGCCCUACUCCUAGCACAUGGUGCAGAUCCAACUAUGAAGAACCAGGAAGGUCAGACUCCUUUAGAUCUGGCAACGGCUGACGACAUCAGGGCUUUGCUGAUAGACGCCAUGCCCCCGGAGGCCUUACCCACCUGUUUCAAACCUCAGGCCACCGUCGUGAGUGCCUCGCUGAUCUCACCAGCAUCCACCCCCUCCUGCCUGUCUGCUGCCAGCAGCAUUGACAACCUCACUGGCCCCUUAGCGGAGCUGGCAGUGGGAGGAGCGUCCAACACAGGGGACGGGGCUGCGGGCGCCGAGAGGAAAGAAGGAGAAGUUGCAGGUCUUGACAUGAAUAUCAGCCAAUUCCUGAAAAGCCUUGGUCUUGAACACCUUCGGGACAUCUUUGAAACCGAACAGAUUACACUAGAUGUACUGGCUGACAUGGGUCACGAGGAGUUGAAAGAAAUAGGCAUCAAUGCAUAUGGACACCGCCACAAAUUAAUCAAAGGAGUAGAAAGACUCUUAGGUGGACAGCAAGGCACCAACCCUUAUCUGACUUUUCACUGUGUGAAUCAGGGAACUAUUUUGCUGGAUCUUGCUCCAGAGGAUAAGGAAUAUCAGUCAGUAGAAGAAGAGAUGCAGAGUACCAUUCGAGAACACAGAGAUGGCGGUAAUGCUGGUGGCAUCUUCAACAGAUACAAUGUCAUUCGAAUUCAAAAAGUGGUCAACAAGAAGCUGAGGGAGCGGUUCUGUCACAGACAGAAGGAGGUGUCCGAGGAGAACCACAGCCACCACAACGAGCGCAUGCUGUUUCACGGUUCUCCUUUCAUUAACGCCAUUAUUCAUAAAGGGUUUGACGAGCGACAUGCAUACAUCGGAGGAAUGUUUGGUGCCGGGAUUUAUUUUGCCGAAAACUCCUCCAAAAGCAACCAGUAUGUGUAUGGCAUUGGCGGGGGGACAGGCUGCCCCACACACAAAGAUCGCUCGUGUUACAUAUGUCACAGACAAAUGCUUUUCUGUAGAGUGACCCUUGGCAAAUCCUUUCUGCAAUUCAGCACCAUGAAGAUGGCUCACGCGCCUCCGGGGCAUCACUCAGUGAUCGGCAGGCCGAGUGUGAACGGGCUGGCGUACGCCGAGUACGUCAUCUACAGAGGCGAACAGGCCUACCCGGAGUAUCUCAUCACUUACCAGAUCAUGAAGCCAGAAGCGCCUUCGCAAACCGCCACAGCCGCCGAGCAGAAGACCUAGUGAAGGCCCCCCGGGGAAAGGCCAGAUCGGAUUUAAACUUGGGACUGGAUUACAGUGGAUCAUUUCCAACAAAAUCAAUACUCCGUAAAUCCCUGACAGCCUAGAAAUAAGCUGUUUGUCUUUUAUAAAGCAUUGCUGUAGUGAUGAAUACAGUAUGAGUAACUGAUCCGUGCUCAACUGCUACUGUUCCCUCUGAGGAAAUGUUUACAGGGCGGCCUUGGACAGAUCUCAGGCUCAUUUGCAUUGCACCUGUCCAUUUCUCAAACAAGAUUGCCUGAUCUGGGCCUGGAAAUGGAAAAAAAGACAUAACAUAUACUUCCCCAAACUUCACAAUUUACACACUACGUUUGCUUUGUCACAUAUGGCACGUGUAUGUAACAAAUACAUAUGUCAGGCUCAUUUUAAAUGUUUUCUAAACAUGCAUCAUUCUUUUUU